CACACACACACACACACACCUACAUUGUUGCAGUCCUCCCAUUUCUCGUUUUCUCCCACCAGUCAGUCCAUGUUCGUGACGGGAGGCUAUGCUGCCGUUAAUGCUGGCGCUUCUCUCCGGACUUUACCUGCCUCAUCCGAACUGACGACGGCUCAAGUUCAGAGAGCGAAUAUGAGAAGGUUUCGCCGAAAGCUGUCAUGAGGCUGGGCGGCUCAUUUGGGAAUCCCGCUGUGUAGGAAGCGCCCAGCAGCAGCACCAUGACCGUCUUCAACCAGGAGAAUGUGGAGGAUUACUACGAGAUAGGAGACGAGCUUGGAAGUGGUCAGUUUGCUGUGGUGAGGAAGUGCCGUAAGAAGAGCACAGGCCUCGAAUAUGCAGCCAAGUUCAUCAAGAAACGGCGAAGCAAGUCCAGCCGUCGUGGGGUCACCAAGGAGGACAUAGAGAGGGAAGUGAGCAUCCUGAAGGAGAUCCAACACCCCAACGUCAUCACUCUGCACGAUGUGUUUGAGAACAAGAACGAGGUCAUUCUCAUCCUGGAGCUCGUGGCGGGAGGAGAACUGUUUGACUUCUUGGCCGAGAAGGAGUCUCUCAGCGAGGAGGAGGCCACAGAGUUCCUUAAGCAGAUCCUGGAUGGUGUCAACUACCUGCACUCCAAACAGAUUGCCCACUUUGACCUGAAGCCAGAGAACAUCAUGCUGCUGAACCGGAGCGUGCCUCACCCCCGCAUUAAGCUCAUCGACUUUGGCCUGGCCCACAAGAUCGAUUUUAGCAACGAUUUCAAAAACAUCUUUGGCACCCCAGAGUUUGUAGCUCCGGAAGUAGUAAACUAUGAGCCUCUGGGUCUGGAAGCAGACAUGUGGAGCGUUGGAGUGAUAACUUACAUAUUGCUGAGUGGUGCCUCUCCAUUUCUGGGUGAGAACAAGCAGGAGACGCUGGCCAACGUAUCAGCGGUGGACUAUGAAUUCGAUGACGAAUACUUCAGCAACACCAGCGCUCUGGCCAAAGACUUCAUCGCACGGCUGCUCAUUAAAGACCCAAAAAGAAGAAUGACAAUCCAGGACAGUCUGCAUCACCCCUGGAUCAAGCCAAAAGACACUCAGCAAGCACUUAGUCGCAAGGAGUCGGCAGUGAACAUGGAAAAAUUCAAGAAAUUUGCAGCCCGGAGAAAAUGGAAGCAAUCGGUGCGUCUGAUCUCUCUGUGUAACCGGCUCUCCCGCUCCUUCCUGUCCAGAAGCAACAUCAGUGUGGCUCGCAGUGAUGAUACGCUGGAUGAGGAAGACUCAUUUGUGAUGAAGGCCAUCAUCCAUGCCAUCAAUGAUGACAAUGUUCCGGGUCUGAAGCACCUCCUGGGUUCUCUGACCAGCUAUGACAUCAACCAGCCCAACAAGCAUGGAACGCCCCCACUCCUCAUUGCAGCUGGCUGUGGAAACGUCCAGAUCAUCGAUGUGUUGAUGAGAAAAGGAGCGGAGAUACAAGCUCUUGACAAGUCUGGAGCUAACGCUAUCUACUACGCCUCCCGCCAUGGCCAUGUGGAGACAUUGAAAUUUCUCCAUGAAAAGAAGUGCCCUCUGGAUAUCCAAGAUAAGUCAGGUGAGACGGCUCUGCAUGUGGCUGCUCGCUAUGGCAAUGUGGACGUGGUCCAGUACCUUUGCAGUAUUCACGCCAACCCUGACCUGACAGACCGGGAGCAUGAGACUCCUCUGCACUGCGCUGCAUGGCACGGUUACUCGGCUGUGGCCCGGGCACUGUGUGAGGCCGGCUGUGACGUAAACGCCCGAAACCGUGAAGGCGAGAGCUCACUGCUGACCGCCUCGGCCCGUGGCUUUAGAGACAUUGUUGAGUGCCUGCUAGAACACGGGGCUGACAUGGACUCCACAGACAAGGAUGGCCACAUUGCUCUGCACCUGGCUGUGAGGAGGUGUCAGCUUGAGGUGGUAAAGUGCCUCCUCAGCCACCACUGUUAUGUAGACCACCAAGAUCGCCAUGGCAACACACCAUUGCACAUCGCCUGUAAGGACGGCAACUUGCCGGUCGUCUCACUGAUGUGUGCUGCUAAGGCCAACCUGGACAUCCCAAACAAGUUUGGGAGAACGCCUCUCCACGUGGCAGCAAGUAACGGGGCACUGGAGGUGGUGCGACAUCUCUGCGUAGCUGGAGCCAACAACGAGGCUAUCACUAAUGAUGGAAAGACAGCAGAGGAUCUGGCAACUGCAGAGCAGCAAGAACAUAUAGCACUGUUGUUGGCCAAACUGAAAAAGGACAACCACAAAGGCGGGUACAUCCAGCAGCUGCGGCCCACUCAGACGCCUCAGCCGCGAAUCAAGCUGAAGCUAUUCGGCCACUCUGGGGCAGGAAAGAGCACGCUGCUGGAGUCUCUGAAGUGUGGCAUCUUGAGGAGCUUCUUCAGGCGCAGGAGACCCAGGCUGACCAAUCCUGUCAGACACCCAGCCUCUCCGGCCACCUCCAAACCUGCAGUCUCUGUGAGUAUUUCUAAUCUGUACCCAGGCUGUGAGAACGUGAGCGUGAGGAGCCGCAGUAUGAUGUUUGAGCCCAGUCUUACUAAAGGAGUUCUGGAGGUAUUCACGCCCGUCCACAAUGCGCUGUCCACGACCGAUGACACCGCCACCAAGGCCAUCGACAUCCAGACAGCCAGCGUCAACGGUGUGGGGGACUUUAGUGUGUGGGAGUUUUCCGGUAACCCGGUGUAUCACUGCACUUACGACUACUUUGUGGCCAACGACAGCACAGCCAUCCACCUGGUUCUGUUCAGCCUGGAGGAGCCAUACGAGACUCAGCUCAGCCACAUCACCUUCUGGCUCAACUGCCUCAAAGCCCUCACUCUGCCUGAGGACAACAUCGCGUUUGGAGGGAAGAUAAGGAAUCCUCUUCAUGUGGUGCUGGUGGCCACUCAUGCUGACAUAGCAAACCUGCAUCGCUCUUUCGGUGGAGAGUUCAGCUACGACAAGGAGAGAUGUCUGUUGAAGGAAGUCCGCAACCGGUUUGGGAAUGAUCUGCAGAUAGCUGAGAAGCUCUUCAUAAUGGAUGCCGGAGCCUCCAACUCCAAAGACAUGAAGCUGCUGAGGAACCUGUUGUUAGAGCUGCGCAACUCCAUCAUCUCAAGCUGUAGGCCAAUGACCCUGCUGGCGGAGAAGCUGUUGUCCACUCUGCCCUUGUGGCGUAAAGUGACUGGACCAAACCAGCUCAUGUCCUGGCAGCAGUUUGUGGCAGAUGUGCAGGACCAGAUCAACCCUCUGGUCAGCGAAGAGGACCUGCGGGAACUAGCCUUACAGCUGCACAGCAUGGGAGAGAUCAAUAUCAUGCAGAGUGAAACUGUGCAAGAUGUGGUUCUCUUAGACCCUCGCUGGUUCUGUACCAACGUUCUUGGCAAGCUCCUUUCCAUCGAAACCCCCAAAGCCAUCCACCACUACAGGGGACGCUACCGUCAGGAAGAGCUCCAGACUCUAGUCUCUGAGGGAGAUGUGGACGAGCUUCUCCAGAUCCUGGAUGCUAUGGAUGUUUGUGCCCGAGACCUGGCCAACCCAGGUAUGGUGGACGUCCCUGCUCUGAUCCGCACAGGUGGCUUGCAGCGUUCCUGGACCGAUGAAGAAGAUGAAGAGGUACAGGACACCUUGCUGUACGGCGGAGCCCGCAUAGUCCCGGCCGAGCACUUGACCCCAUUCCCUUGUGGCUUGUUCCACAAGCUUCAGGUGAACCUGUGUCGCUGGAGCAGGCAGCAGAGGCCCGAGGCGGAGGCUGAGGAAGUGAGGCUGUGGAGUGGAGGAGCUCGUAUAGGACUUGGUGGGGCUGAUGCCCUGGUGCUGCUGGUAAACCAUGGACAGGGUGUAGAGGUACAAAUUAGAGGGCCAGAAUCGGAACGUGGCCGUUGCUACGCUCUGUUGGACACAUUGUGUGGCAUGGCGGAGGGGCUCUUAACCGCAACACUGCCAGGCCUGCUAACCGCCCGCCAUUACUUGAGCCCUCAGCAACUGCGGGAACACCAUGGCCCCAUCAUGCUUUACCAGCCCAGAGACUUCUUCAGAGCUCAGGCUCGUGGCGAGAACGCUCUAGCUAACACCAUGGGCGGCUACCGCGAGAGCUUUAGCAGCAUUGUGACGCUUGGUUGCACCAACGUCUACAAGCGGGGGAGCCUCGGUGGGGACGUUCCAGUUGCUGAGGUCAGCCACCUGGCCAGACGGAAGCUCUGUCGCAUGUUGGACCCUCCUGAUGCCCUUGGUAAGGACUGGUGUCUGCUAGCAAUGAACUUGGGUCUUAGCGAGCUUGCUGCUAAAUACAGCACAGGCACUAACGGAACUCCUCCUGCAGACCCUUUCUCUGUCCCGAGCCCCACUGCAGCACUCCUUCAUGAGUGGAGCCAACGUUCAGACUCUACCAUAGGUGUUCUGGUUGCUAAGCUACGAGAACUUGGCCGCCGCGACGCUGCAGAUUUCCUCCUAAAAGCGGCGCCGGUGUUUCGGGUGAGCGUAGACAGCCUGGGCACGCCACCAGAACCCUACGGCCCGGUCUGCAACGGUGGCGGGACGUCUUAUAACUCCAUCAGCUCAGUCAUCUCACGCUAGAGUGCCACCUACAUGCAUGGAGGAACAUGUGCAAUUUAACCCGUGGAGUGUUGUUAACUCUCAAAGUCUCUUGUUAACCCAAGACUGGAGUCUGUGAAGUUGGAAUACUUUGUACACAUCAAAUCUUCCUACCCUGCUCUUUCUGAAUGUUUCAUUCCUCUGAGGGAACUCUCAGAGGGUGCCUACUUUGCGAAUAAUUUUUCUCAAGUUUUUUGGUUGAAGUCUCACAACAUCAAGGAAAACUUUCAUCGGAAAUGAUGGAGAAUUUCUCCGUUUUGGAUUCUUUUAUACAUUUAGAUAUUGUAAUGUGGUUUAUACACGAUUUGACGUCACAAGGAUGGAUAGUUGAGUGCUUGGCCCCAUUACUUGGUAAUGAUUCAAGCAGUUGAGUGCCUUUAAGAUGGUAAGCCAUUGUCAAUGAGCCAUCUUGGACAUGCCUAAUGCCCCUUACUAAAAUAAGUUCAUGUCAGUAUUUAAGUUUUUGCCCCUUCAAAUCCCAGAACCUAUUGCUUAUGACAGAGAGAUUAGUUUAUUGUAUGCUAAAGUUAUUAGCAUACCACUUGAUGCUGGAAAAGUAUCCAUAUUGGAAAUUCACUGAGCUUUUAUUAUGAUUUCACCAAGCUUUUAUUAUUAUUUUUAGUUUUAAAGCAAUUAAAGAACUGUUUUAGCCACAUCUCAAAGAGUAGCCAAACAAAUUCCCUUUAAAUUAUUCGUAGGUACCUCAUCACGUCUUAAAUGGCAUGUUCCUACAGACAGGGUUUAAAAUGAGAGACAAGCACAUAAACGUUAUACAUUCCGCUUCGAUGUUGUGCAGCAACAAAUUUGAUCUAGUUAAUCAAAGGGCCAAAAGUUUGUUCGCAGUUUUAAGAACAUGCUAAGCCACAAAGUACUUUUUUGUCUUUGCUUUAGUUCAGGAUUUGCUUUGACAUUGUUCACUUUUAUAUUCAUUUUAUUGCAAAAGUCUGAUCCAGACAAUGUUAAUGAUAUAUUGAGCUAUUGUAAACUACACAUGCAUUCCUUAUUUAACAGGAAACAAAAAUUCAAUGUUUUAAAGCAAUUUCCAUUACUAAUGUGGUUUCAGUUUAAACAAUGACUUUGGCUGCUGUGUGUUUUGAAGCAUGAUCUGAAUAUUGUUACAGUCGUCAGCUUUAAAAUAUAUUUUUCUGUUUCUCACUUGUUAACACCGUCCAUGAGGAGCUGAGACAGGUUCGGUUUUAGAACAUGUUUGUCGUACUUACUUGACUGUGAGCCAUCUAAGCUCUUUUGUGGAACUUUUACACCAAAAGAAUGACCCUAUUUAAGGGAAGAUUUAUGAAUUGUGUCAGUUUUUGCACUGAGGUCAAAAUCACAAUAAGCUGAUACAUUCAGUCAUAACAGUGCUUUACAUCUGUUGACCACUAUGACCGUGGCUCAUAAAAAAAAACAAGUUCCCUCAUCUAUGAUUCAUCUGUCUCUUUUUCUUCCUCUCACUCUUUUUUAUCUCUUUCUCCUCUAUUUUCUCUUUCUCUUACUCUCAAAUUUUCUCUCUAGCAAUGUCUUUUACUCUGUAUUUCCUUUCUUUUACUCGUUUUGUCACUCUGUCUUGCUUUAUCUCAUUCAUUCUAUGUUUCUUUUACUUUCCUUCUUUCUUUUUGCUUUAUCUCUCUCUCUUUUUCUCUCUCAAGGACACAAGGGAUCUCAGUUACAGGUUUUUAAAAAAGUAACUAAUAACUUCCAGCAGACCUCCUGUUUCCCCCACCUCUCCAUCGUUUCUCCUUCACACCAGCUUAAAACAAGAAA